GACGCGGUUUUAGUUUAGUUUAGUAGCUUCUUCACUUCACCCUCACACCAUUUGUGUUUUUCUCUGUCUUCGCCACUUCUCUUCUUACUUCACUGCACGUUUUUCUUCACUCUUUCUCUCUCUUACAUGCCGGAAUUUCCUCUCUCUUUCUCUCUCCGGAGAAUAGAAUAAAAACCCUAAACCUUCGCUUUGCUGCCACACACAUCAGAUCUACACUACAACUUCCAAGUUCAGGAAUUAUGUGUCACUAGCGAUGUCCGAUUCCGUUCCCAAAACGCGAAACCGUCCGGGGCCGUGGCCGCCGGCGCCGGACGCCAAGGCAAUGCCGCCUGCUUCCUGGGCUAAGAAAACAGGCUUCAAGCCCAAGUUCUCCGGCGAGGCCAAUGCCAGCGACUCUGGCCAGAUAAGCCUGCAGCCCAAGCCUAGGGAGCCCGACGCUAACGUGGAUCUCGAAGCGGGCCGGCCUGGGGCUCCGGCGAACGGCGUGACCCACCAAAAUAAGGCUCCGCCGCUUCCACCUUCCAAGGAUCAGGUCGUAAAGAAGCGAAAGGACUCCGACGGACUGCCCAAGAGCUCUGUUCCCAUCACCAAUGGCCAGGCGGUGACGGCUCCGCCUCCGCCGCCGCCGCCGCCUCCACGGAGGACGGCGAGGCAUGAGGAAGUCGUGGACGCGCCGCCGCAGGAAGACGACGGUUUCGUGUCGAGGCAUUCGCAUAUGAAGUAUGAGCUCAGAGAUUCGCCCGGUUUAGUUCCCAUUGGUGUGUACGGUAUUCAACAUUACUUUUCGAUAUUGGGUUCGUUGAUUCUCAUUCCGCUCGUUAUAGUUCCGGCGAUGGGAGGCUCUCAUGAGGAUACUUCUGCGGUGGCAUCAACUGUGCUCUUUGUUUCGGGAGUGACUACACUGUUGCAUACAAGUUUUGGGUCGAGGUUGCCCUUGAUACAAGGGCCUUCUUUUGUUUAUCUGGCCCCGGUGUUGGCGAUCAUCAACUCCCCCGAGUUUCAAGGAUUAAAUGCAAAUAAAUUCAAACAUAUAAUGAAGGAGCUGCAGGGGGCUAUAAUUAUUGGAUCGGCUUUUCAAACUUUUAUUGGAUAUUCUGGACUUAUGUCACUGUUAGUAAGGUUGAUCAAUCCUGUGGUUGUAUCCCCAACUAUUGCUGCAGUAGGACUUUCAUUUUACAGCUAUGGUUUUCCACUAGUUGGUACAUGUCUGGAGAUUGGUGCCGUGCAGAUAUUAGUGGUUAUUGUUUUUUCUCUUUAUCUUCGUAAAAUAUCUGUUCUUGGACACCGCAUAUUUCUAAUAUAUGCAGUUCCUUUGGGUCUGGCAAUUACGUGGGCUGUUGCUUUCUUGUUGACUGAAGCUGGAGUCUACAACUACAAAGGAUGUGACAUAAAUAUACCUGCCUCGAAUAUGGUUUCGGAGCACUGCAGAAAGCAUGUCUCAAGGAUGAAGCAUUGUCGAGUUGAUACUUCUAAUGCAUUGAAAUCAUCCCCGUGGUUUAGAUUUCCUUAUCCAUUACAAUGGGGUACUCCUAUCUUUCACUGGAAAAUGGCUCUUGUGAUGUGCGUGGUUUCCUUGAUCUCAUCUGUAGAUUCGGUUGGUUCGUAUCAUGCUUCUUCAUUAUUGGUAGCAUCCAGACCUCCAACUCCUGGAGUUCUUAGUCGAGGAAUUGGUUUGGAAGGUCUUUCUAGUGUCUUGGCUGGUCUCUGGGGAACUGGAACAGGUUCUACUACCUUAACUGAAAAUGUUCAUACAAUUGCUGUCACUAAAAUGGGAAGCCGCAGAGCAGUUCAAUUGGGUGCAUGCUUUCUGAUUGUGUUGUCUCUCGUGGGUAAGGUUGGAGGGUUCAUUGCUUCAAUUCCUGAAGUCAUGGUUGCUGGUCUCCUAUGCUUUAUGUGGGCUAUGCUUGCAGCAUUGGGCUUGUCCAAUCUACGUUAUAGUGAGGCUGGAAGCUCUCGCAACAUCAUCAUAAUUGGGUUAUCAUUGUUUUUCUCUCUUUCCAUACCUGCCUACUUUCAACAAUAUGGCAUCUCUCCAAAUUCCAACUUGUCAGUUCCAAGUUAUUUCCAACCCUACAUUGUGGCUUCUCAUGGGCCAUUCCACAGCAAAUAUGGAGGGUUAAACUAUUUCCUGAACACAAUCUUUUCACUACACAUGGUGGUAGCUUUUCUUGUGGCCGUUAUCUUGGACAAUACUGUGCCUGGCAGCAAGCAGGAACGUGGAGUCUACGUUUGGUCAGAACCUGAGGUUGCUAGAAGGGAGCCUGCUGUUGCUAAUGACUAUGAGUUGCCCUUGAGAGUUGGUAAGAUUUUCAGAUGGGUGAAGUGGGUUGGUCUGUGAAUGACAAAAGGGUUUUGUUGGUUGAAUGAACAUUUUCAGUUUAUUGAAUGUUAUCAACCGCCCAAGAUACCGUUCUAAGUCUGGAUUCACAUCUUCUUGGGCUCAAUCAUGAGUAGUAUAUAGUUGGUCAUGUUACAGAGAUCAUUUGUGUAAAUUGAAAAUCCGGAGGGGUCUAUUUGUGUUAUAAUUUAUUAGAUUAGCAAUGUAUUUAGUUUUGAUUAAUUCAAAAUCUCCACAUGGAGGUUUUUCUUCCUUGCUUUAAGGCGGCCUUUGACAAAUCUUCGUGGUUAUGUAUAUAUAUAUAUAUACACACAUUAUAUACCUGCUCAAUCGGGACUAGAAAGUUUUUGUUUAAUAUAUUUAUUCCAAUCCACCUACCAUC